CUCGCGCCCCGUCUUACCGGUGAGAUUGAGGCUAGCAAGGAGGGUGCGAGCAUCAACGCACGAGGAAGGGCAGACGAGCUCCUAAGAGUCGAGUUGGAUAUUCCGGCUGUUGAUUCCAUGCAACGAACGGGGGAUCCCACCGAAGGCCCGCAACCGUCAGUUUCGGUAUCCAUCAGACGAGGCUUACUUCGCGCGGACCUCGACGCAUCGGAUGGACGCGGGGAGCUCGACAUCGCAGGCCUCCGCCUCGACGACUUGGAGCUCGCGUCGCUCCGCGGCCGCGUCGAGCGCGGAAAGAUUUCGAUGGACCUUCGUGAGAGGCACGGCAAGGCUACGCUACGCGUGCAGCAGCCGCGACUGAGCGGUGUCCAAGGUGAGGUUCUAGAUGCUGAUGCCAGUUGGGAUGGUCGAAUCGUUCGGCUGGAGCGUGCCGCGCUCGAUCAGCGCCGAUCGCUGUACACCCUUCAGGGUGAGCACUGCCUGGAUGAUGAGAUUGGGAACGAAACGACCGUUUCGGAGGCGACUUUGACGGGCAUCGUCGACCAAGAGCCCAAGUCAGUACCCCUCGCCAUCGAGAUGGAACCCGGGUCAUGGCGCCUCCUUCUCGCCGUACCUCAGGCGGAUGUCGAGGAGAUGCUUCCUGCAGUGCGACUCGCCGCCGCGCUGCGCGAGGGUGCAACGCCCCUCGAGUACACCCGCGCCAAGGAUCACUUCCUUGGUGCGGUCCGUCGCAUCGCCAUCAGGGCGUCGGAGGAGCUCGGGCGGCAGCUCGAUGAGGCUGCGGCUGCAGCCGCCGCGGAGCAGCGCGUGGUGCUGAAAGAAUCAACCGGCGCGACAGACGGCCGCGCACCCGCAGAUGACGCACCCAUGCAACUGCCGGGUCUUCAGGACCUACAUGGCGCAUGGCGUGGCACCGUCGAGGUCAAAGGCGUCAACUUCGCGGACCAGGUAUCGUCAGUUGACUUCAACGUGUCGGGCGAUGGGUGGUCUUGGGGACCGUACGAGGUUCAGUCCCUAGAGGCGCAGGGUAACGUCGAUGCCGUCGAGGGGCUGCAGAUGCGUCGCUUCGAGCUGAGGUCGGAUGGAGCCGUCGUUAAAAUCGACGGUAACCUCUUUGGCGAGGUCCAGAACGCUGCUUUCGCGGUCAUCGACCUUCCGGCGCAGCGCCUGGCUCCGAUGAUCCAUCACAUCACGUCAGCCGCGUCCGCUUCCGCGGGCGCCCCUCCGCCCCCGCCUCCACCUCUGCCCCCCAUCGCUGGUACGCUUUUCGUCUCCGGUGACAUCGGCGGGUCCGUAUCCAGUCCGACUGGGAGCUUCCGCGCGAACCUCAGCGAGGGUCGCAUCGGUCCCGUGCGCCUCGGUCACGCCAACGCCGCCGCUGAGGUCACGGAAGCACGGACCGCACGAUUCAAUGCCGAGGCGAAUCCCGCGGCGAACAACAAGCGCGGAGCGGCGCAGGUCACCCCUGGCCAUCUUCGGCUGAGUGGUGUCAUUCCGCUGCCGGACGCUGAGGACCGGUCCGUUGUCGUGGACUGGUCGGUUCAGGAUGGAGGCAUGCAGCUCAUCUCUGCGCUCAGCGCCCCGAGCCUGAUGCAAGGCGGGCCCGUUGAGUGGCAGGAGGGUGGCGCAGACAUCACCCUCGCAGUGCGUGGCACGCUCGCCGAUCCGGUGUAUGAUGGCGCCGCGGUGAUCACCCGCGCCAAGAUUGUCUCCCCGAUGCUGGCGAGGCCCCUCUACCCGGUGAAUGCGAACAUUCGCAUUCAGCGCAACACCCUGUACGCUGACCAUUUCGACGCCAAGUGCGGACCACGCGGGUCCAUCAAGGUUCGUGGCGCCGUGCCUGUGCUUCAAACGCGCAGAAACGGGGGUGAAACCUGGGAGGGUCUUGUGGCGCGCGCGGAUGUUCAGGGGGGCAUCAGGGCUGAGGCAACCGGUAUCGACGUGAGGGCCCGCGCCGCAUACAGUGGCCGCCUCGACGCAGACAUGGUCAUCAAGGGCACCCUUCUCGAGCCCGAGGUUGGGGGUUCACUGCGCCUGUCCAAGGGAACGGCGUUUAUCCAGCCCAACGCGAACCAGCCUGCGGGCGGCGCGGCUGUCACCUCGGGAGACGCCGCCUCACGAGCCGGAUCCGGGGCUGUUGGAUUUGGCAACCGCGAGGCGAAGCGGGGUCUCGCGGGUUUCUUGCAAAGGUCCACGCCGCCAGGAUCCCCAUCGGCCAAGGGCGAUAAAGGGACCGAGGAAAGACCGCCCCUGCGUUUUCGCGGUUUGCGUCUCAUGGUCGGUCCCGAGCUCAGUGCGGUUUACCCGUUUGUGCUCAACUUUGGCGUCAGCGGCGAGGUUGAGAUCAACGGCGUUGCCGACCCUGUUCUGAUCCGACCCUCCGGCGUCAUUAACUUUGAGCGCGGCGACAUCAACCUCGUCGCGACGCAGGUGCGACUGAGCCGCGAGCACCCGAACCGCGCGGUUUUCGUCCCCGAGCACGGUAUGGACCCAACUCUGGACGUCUCGCUUGUGGGUGCGGACCUGAGGGCCCUCGUGCAGGGGAAGGUGAGCAACUGGGCGGACAACCUGGUCAUCACUCGCGGAUCCGGCGCCGCCAGGGACGCCGCUGUCGCCGAGGCUGCGAGAAUCUUCGAGGGUCAGCUCGCGGAGAGCCUCUUGGAGCAGGACGGCCAGCUGGCGUUUAGCAACCUCGCCGCAAGCACCGUCGCGACGCUCAUGCCCAAAAUCGAGACCGGUGGUCAGCUCGGUAAGGCGCGAUGGAGGGUGACGACCGCACCGUCCAUCCCCGGCCUACUCUCGCUCGAUCCCAGUACGGAUCCUUUCAGCAACAUAUCUCAGAUCAACCUCGGUUCGGACUGGGAGCUCAUGCUGGGCGACUCGCUCCAGGCGACGAUGAGCCGCAAACUGAAGGAGAGCGAGAUGCAGACGAAAUUCGCGCUCGUCUAUAAGCUCACGGACAAGCUUCGCAUGCAGCUCAACAGCGAGUCGUCCACGGAGACCAGGCUCCUGUUCGAGUUCACC